CCGGCGAUGGCGGCGACCAUGGCCCCGGCCAGCCAGCCCUCCUCGCAGCAACCGCCGCAGCCGCCGACCGUCGCGACCGUACUCAGGCAGGCCACCCGGGACCCCUCCGCCGCGGCGGCCCACCUCCCGGAGCUCCCGCACGAGGCCCUCGCCGACAUCCUCUCCUCGCUCUCCGCCGCCUCCCCCGCGGGCCACCUCGCCCUCCUCCCCGCGAUCCUCGCGCUCUCGCUCUCCCCCUCCGCCGCGUCCGCCGCGCUCUCCGCCCUCCUCUCCGCGCCCAGCUGGCCCUCCGCCACGCUCCUCGCCGUCGCCUCCCUCCUCCGCGACCUCCCGCCGGCCUACCGCAACCGCGUCCCAGCCUUCCUCGGGAAGAUCCUCUCCCUCCUCCCCAGUGCCGAUGCCCAGGACCUCCCGGCCAUCGCGUACCAGCUGCUGCUCCUCGCGUCCAAGCCGCUCCACCCGCGCGCCGUCCUCGCGGGCCUCCUCCGCUUCUUCGGCGGCCGCCGCGGCGCCCGCGUUCGCGCGCCGCCGUCCAUCGCGCGGCAGGUCGAGGGCACCGUGCUGUUGAAUUUCGCCUUCGUGGUCAAGCAGGACCCCGUGCUGGCGAGGGAGGUCUUGGCCGCCGUCAAGGCCGACGCCGCGGGCGCUCUCAGUGGAUUCGCGGUGGCCGUGCUGCUGUCCGUGGCGCGGGUGCGAAGGUUUAAUGAGGGUGCCGUAAGUGUGCUCCGGGAUGCGGCCGCGGUGUCCCGCCGGGACUACCGAAUGUCAAGACGGUGCAAGUGGUUGCCGGAUUGCAUGAAAGAGGAAUUGACACGGGCCACGCAAUGUGUCGAGAAGGGAUUGCUGAAAGCUGUCGAUGAGAGCAUUGUUGGGAGGGAGCAUGUUUUGCCGAGCAUUGUUCAGGUGGGAUUUCUCCUGUUAGAAGUCCAGGAUGGUGAUCGAACAGAUGAAGCUAGAUUAGGUGAAGGGGUUAUGGGCACUGAAGAAAUAGGUAUUAAUAUGCUCAGGUCAUUGUUUGAGAUCCAUGAAAUGGCACGGACUAAGAUAAUUGAACGAUGCAAGUUCCAGAUUCUCUCGGCAAAGCCUCAGCAAAGUGCACCAGUUCUCAGGUUGCUUGGAUGCUUGAUUCGGGGUCAUCCAUUUCCAAUGCUGGAAUACAUUGCACACUUGAAGGAGUUGCUUGAUUACUUUUCUUUUAUGAAUGACAAGAUAUCAACCGGUCUAAUCAGUUGCAUCUUACCACUCACAAAGUUCAGCCGUGACCUGAAGGAUUAUAUAAUACUGGUUGUGAGAAAGGCGAUGUUCAAGAGAGAGGACAUGGUCCGAAUUGCUGCUACAAAUGCUAUAGUUGAACUGAUUAUCGCAGAAAGCAGGAGAAACGAAGCCAAUCCUUUUGAAGACUCAUCCAGCCAGCCAAGCUCUAGCCAACAGCCUGAAACACGUCUGGAGUUUGGUAGGGGUCUCUUUCAGGAACUAAGUGGAAUAUUUCGGAGAUGUCUUUCGCAACAGACGAGUGUCAAAGAGGUCUUGUAUGAGGGUCUUAUACGUAUUGUUACAUCUGAUCCAGCUGUUGCUGGCAAUGUCCUUGAUUUCCUCUGGCCACACUUCCUAAACUAUUACACAGAGGAUGCAGAAUGCCCUCUUAAAAUUAGUUUAUGCUUUAAACUGGAGAAUGCCAAACUAUGCAUUGUUGAACCUUUGGAUUGCCUGCUGUCAUGUGUCUCAAGAAUCUUACGAAUUCAGCAAAAUAAUAAAUGUGAACGACCACAUGAUGCAUAUAAGUGCUUUGGUUUUUCUGCUUCACAAGAUAAUGAGGCUGGACGAACAUCAUCAAGUGACUUAUUUGUGAAGGCUUUAUCAAGCAUCCAAAAGUAUUUGAGGAUAUCCCUCACAGAAGACCAGCGAGGACAAAGCCAAGAUACUGGAUCUCUUGCUUCACAAUCUGAGAUGGCUCACUGUCAUAGCUUGGCUAUGCUUGGCAUCAUUGAGGUUUUUGUUGAUUUUGCCGCUUCAAAACUGGAGAAAGCCUCUGAUGAAUCAAAGGAAAUGAUAGAAAAGGAAAUACUGGAGCUUGUAGAUGCUCACAGUGGCUUUGAGAGAAAAACCAGCAAUUGUAGGGAAAAGAUUGCACGGAGAAGAGGGAAUGCAGGUGAUGCCACAGAUAAGCACACCAACGAACCCAAGGAGAAUUCAAAUGCUUCCUUGCAGAAACUUCGUGAAAAGAGGGGUAAAUUUCUGGAUUCGAGUUUGUAUGAACUUUCAGUAAUGUGUGUCAAGCAGUGCGAUGCUGAUAGCUACAACAACUGCAGUCAGCGUCCUAGCCAAGCUAAAUCAAACCAGAGCUCCUAUCUGAUAUCUUUUGUACUGAAAGCGUUUCUUGAGUUGUUCAAAUCACUGGCAACAAAGGAUAGUGGCAACUUCAGAAUAAAGCUGUAUGAAAGCUUAAAAAAGCUAAUCCAGCCAAUAAUGCAGCUCAUAUGGCGUCUUCUGUUAGAUUCAAAUCAAGAAAAUGGUGGAACCAAGAGGAACAUGGCCCAAGGAAAGAAAAACAUUGAGUGCAAAAAGGAUCAGUUAUAUUUGGCACUGGCGUGCUUAAAAGAACUCCUUAAGCCAAGUGUAUCAGGAGAUCACUCUAGCGAUAUUAUUGAGGUUAUAAUAUCUUCAGCUCCACCAAUUAUAGAGGAUAUGAUGGAGGCUGGCGAGCUUGACAAGAAUGACACCACUAUGGUCGAAGACCGAAGCACAAAAAAUGUUCAUGCGCUUCUGAAAAUAUUGAAGAUGUUAUAUGCUCGAGUUCUUUCUCAAUCACUUUUACGUGAAUCUGAGGUUGUAACUGAAUUGAUUUUGAGUAUAUCAAGAAAACUGCAUCUUGAACAAAGGCAUCUUCUCGGAACUUGGGCUACAGAUCUAUGUAGAAAGAAAACCAUGCAAAGUCCCAGUAUGGCACGGGAGGUGGUAAAACUCACUAUCCAUCUUACACCAGCUCCAGAUGACAUGAUUCUUGUAUGUGAGAUAGCUGCAGAGUUGAAGAAAUUAAUGACCUCGGAAAAAGACAUUUCUAGAGAUUCUUCUGAUACAUUCCAUAUCGUUAACUGUAAAACAAAGAGCUCUCUUGCUGCUGUCUGUCUUCAAAUGGUGGAGUUAUCUCUUACUGAAUUGGACUGGGGUCUUGGUAAGCUUAAAGCAAUGCUUACAUUAGGUUAUGAUUCUGCUAGUAUCGAUGAAGAUCAGCCAGCAGAUGAAAGAACACAAAGGUUGGCUUUGGAAGAAGCACUCUACUCAAGAUCAACACUAGUAGUUCAUGCCCUUUCGUCCUUUGCACAUAUGAGCCUUAAGGAUACUCAAGCAGAUCACUUUCUGAAAUUGACUGCGAAGUUCUACAAGCUCUUAACUCGCAUGUCAAAGUCCCAGAUUGCACCUAAAGGCUACGCACAGUCCAUUCCAAGCAUCAAGUUUCAGAAACUGGCAGAAGUAACUUGCAGGAUGCUCACUUCCCCACUUUAUGACUUUGUGUCUUCAGUUCAAGAGAAUCAGGAAACGCCCAGAAAGGUGAACCUUGCUAAAAUUAAAAGAGAAAGCAAAUGUAUCCCUGAUCUUAUUUAUCAGAUUGAAGAUUAUGAGAAGUAUCUGAUACAGCUAAGCAAGCUCACUAAGGUGAACCUUUUGAGACAUGCCAAGCGUAGCGUAGCAAGAGAUUUCCGGAUAGAAGAUAAAUCUGGAGAGCGACAACAGGAAGAGGAUCGUACUCCAGCCAAUGCUGUACCAUCUGAUAAUGAGCCUGAUGAGGAUGCAGGAGGUCUGAAAGCUCCAGUUGAAGCAAAUGCUGAUGAAAACACUAGGUCUAGCAUUCCAUGUGGUAGUACCAUGCAGGAGUCUGAACCCGAUGAAGAGGAAGAAAUAUUAGCUCGGAGGAAGAGAGCUAAGACAAAACAAGUAGUGCAGGAUUCUGAUGAAGAAGCGGAAGAUGAAUAGAGGUUUCUGUAGAUAGUAGUUCAAAGCGUGUGUUAUAGGCAACAUCAACCCAAGGAGGACAUACCAGUUAUAAAAUGUAAAUAUAUGGUUCUGCAAAGGUUUUUUAUGGGUCGUCAACUCAUCAUAUCUAUUUUAGGCGAUUCAGAGAACAGAUGUAAAAAUAGAUGCUUACGCUCUUCCUUUGUUUACAAUUUUUGUUGCGAUUUUGAACAUUAGGAGUCACAUCACGGUUCAUGUGUGAGUACCCAGGUUGUGGUCAGUGGUGCAUGUAAACGUUUAUGUUUGUACUGUA